AUGUCGACCAAAAUGAACAAUAAUAAAAUUAAAUACUUACUGGAGGCCCUAGAGCAGAAAAAGGGAGAAAUUUCGAUGCCAAAAAACCAAUUGCAAUUAUUACUUUCAGACAUAGAGGCAGUAGGAUCGAAAUGGAAAGAUGCAAAUCGAGUUGGACAAGCUCAAUUAUAUGAGGCGGCGGAAUUCGUUCUCAAUACCUUAAGAGGAUACACUCCAUAUUGCGAUCCUUUCCAGAAAAAAGUCGUACAAAAGGAAGCACCUGAUUAUUAUAAGAUAAUCGAGCAUCCUAUGGAUUUUACACAAAUAGCUAAAAAAUUGAAAAUGCACGAAUAUAACAACAAACAAGAAUUUGCUGAUGACUUGUAUUUAAUAUAUUCCAACUGUCUAAAAUACAAUUCAAAUCCGGAUCACAUUUUUCGAGAAUACGCAAGAGCGAUGAAAGAAAAAACAGAUGAACUUCUUGUAAAUGUUCGAGAUAUUACUAUCAAAUCACGUGAAGAAUUUUUGGCUAGUGUUGAUCAGGAGCAAGAAGAUGAACAAAAAAUAAAUCCAUCAAUCACCGAAAAUCAACCAGUAACGGAAAAUCAACAAAUCGCAGAUAGUUUGGUUCUUAAUGAUGAGGCACAAGAAGAAAAUCCACAAGAUUUAGAUGAUAUUAACGUACCUGUACCCGAAGAAGAACAGAUUGUAAAUGAUUCAAUAAUAAUAAACGAAUCAGAUGAUGAUGAGGAAGAAGCCGAAAUUGAUAGAGAGCUACAAGAGAUACUCUCCAACUUUGAUAUGCCAAAAUAUCCCGACCGGUGGGAUCCUGAAAUAAAUAAUCCUGAUAGAGAUAAAUUUUUUGAACCUGGAUAUGAUCCAAGUGCCAACAAUUCAACACUGGAUCAAUACCCACAAUUACAAUUUCCAAAACGCGGUACCGCAUUAAUGAUCGAAAACAAUAUUCAAACAUUAAAACGAUCAAGAAUAUUGCACUCAAAACUAAUGGCUGCAAGGCAAAACAUUCCUUUAAGUCAUCUCGGCAUAACGGAAACAGCUCCUGAAGAACAAAUAACUAACACAAAACCCAAUAUCGAUCCCAGGAAUUUACCACCAUUAAUGUUAAAUAGUGAAGGAGCUUUUGAAAGUACAAAACGAGUUGUGGCAAAAUUAUGUCAACAUGCGGGAUUUGAAGCAACUUCACAUACAGCUUUGACUAUUUUAACCGAAGUUGCCCAAGAUUAUUUCUUAAAUCUCGGAAAAACUCUGAGAACCUAUAUUGAUGAUUACGGAAAGAAAAUGACACCUGAAGAAAUUGUUACACACACAUUAUAUGAAAAUGGGGUCACUUCAAUAAAUAAAAUAGAAUCAUAUGUUAAAAAUGACAUUAUUCGAUAUGGUUCUAAGUUAAGAGAUAUCCAUAAUCGCUUAGAGACAACAUAUAAAGAGGCAUUAGCAAGCCCGGAAAACCAUGAAACAGAAGAGGAGUCCUUCCCCGAUACUGAGGAUGCAUUUAUGAUGGGAAAUUUUGGCGAAGAUCUUGGAGACGAUUUCUUUGGAUUCAGGGAAUUAGGAUUGGGUUCGCUAGUAGUUAGUAUAUUUCCUUGCAAUUUUAUACCGCAAAGAUUAUUUUUGGGAACUAACAAGCCAAAACCACAAAUUAAGAAAACCAAUGAGGAAACGCGUAAAAAUAGUCAAAUUGGUUUACUUAGAGAUUUCUUCCGUAAUAAUAUGGAGGAAUCAGGUGGUAAAUUAAUUGAAGAUGAAUUUCUUCCUGUUAAACAACGUAAUCAACGACCCAAAGUUCCCCCUACUGGUAAAAUACCGCCACAAUCUAAAAGACUGCUUAAACCUCAGCUUACAGCUGCUGCACUAGCGGAGAAAAAGCGAAAACGAGAAAGAGAUGCACAGAUCGCAGAAGAAAAAGAACGAGCUAAACGAUUAAAGGCAGAAGAACGCGCCAAAAAACAAGCAGAAAAAGAAGAGGCUAAGAGGUUAAAACAAUUAGAAAGGGAAGCACAAAAGAAAGCUGAAAUGGAAGCUAAAGAAGCACGUAAAGCUGAACAAGAGCUUCAGAAAAGGCUGGCCCAGGAAGCAAAAGAAGCAAGAAAAGCAGAAGCAGAGGCUGCUAAAAAGGCAGCUAUGGAAAAUAAGAAGAGGAAAACGUCUACCAAAACUGGAAAGUCUAAAACGCCUCAAGCGGAAAUUAGUUCUACUCCUGUAUCAAGAAAGCAUGAACCUGAUGACGGAAGUGAUAGUGAGAUGGUUCCAUUAGCUCAAAGGAAAAAACGCCGUGCUGAAUCAUCGGGUCGGACGGCAAUUGUUUAUUCUGAAAACUAUACUUCUUAUGACGGACUGUAA